AUGGCUACCCCUAGUGUCCUAGCUUUCGACGCUGAGGGUCGCGCCAUUGAUUUUGAGGUCUGGUUAGACGACCUGCAGCUGUUCUUACAGUGCGACAGGGCUGACGACCUUUCUCUCUUUGACCUCACCUCUGGCGCCUCUCCUGCUCCUGCUGCUGAUGCUGAUCCCUCUGUCCGCUCUCAGUGGGCCACCCGCGAUGCUGCUGCACGUCUUGCUGUGCGUCGCCACCUCCCUACCUCUGAGUGUGCGCACUUUAGCCAGUACAAGAGUGCUCAGACCUUGUACGACGCUGUAGUUGCGCGCUACUCCUCCCCUGCCACUGCUGCACUGAGCCGUCUCAUGCUUCCCUACCUCUUUCCUGACCUCUCUGCCUUUCCCACUGUUGCUGACCUCAUUACGCACCUCCGCACUAGUGACACUCGCUACCGCGCCGCCCUUCCUGCUGAGUUCUGCGCUAAGAACCCCCCCCCCAUGUACAUCGCUCUCUACUACGUAGUUGCGCGCCUCCCUGACUCCCUUCGCGUCGUCAGGGACCACUUUCUCGCUGUCUGUCCCACCACCCUCACCGUCGACCUCCUCGAGAAGGCCCUCCUCGCAGCGGAGAAGAGCAUAGUCGCUGUAGGUGCUUCUCGUGGUGACCCUCGCACCCCCAUCUUUGAGGGGUGCUCUCCUUCCCCCUUGCUGCCCUCUGUUGCCUCUGCUGCUGCUGCCGACCUGCUUGGUCUUGAGUCGGUCGGCGCGGCGUCUACCCCUAGUGGGAGACGUCGCUCUAGCAAGGGCAAGGGGGGCAAGGGCGCGGGUGGAGCUGGAGGGGGCGGUGGCGGUGGCGGCGGUGGCGGCGGAGGGAGUGGGGGUGGUGGCGGGACUAGUGGCGGGGGUGGUGGUGGUGGUGGCAGCAGCGGCGGAGACGGUGGUGGUGGUGCCAGCGGUGGUGGUGGUGGCAGCGGCGGAGGUGGAGGCGGCGGAGGUGGAGGCGGUGGAGGCGGCAGCGGAGGAGGCGGUGGUGGUGGAGGAGGUGGAGCUGGUCGGGGUGGUACCCAGCAGCGUAGCGGCGGUGGUGGUGGCCAGCGCUCGCAGCGGCAGCAGCAGCAGCGCUCGCGGGACAUCCCUCCGCCUCAGCAGCUUCGUGAGUGGUACGCUGGGCGUCAGAAGGGUGGGGGUACUGGUCCCUGCACCUACGUUCUUCGUUCCGGCGACCGCGCGG